ACCAUCAUGUGCUACGACCGCUACGUGUCCAUCUGCAAACCCCUGCACUACGGGACCCUCCUGGGCAGCAGAGCUUGUGCCCACAUGGCAGCAGCUGCCUGGGCCAGUGCCUUUCUCUAUGCUCUGCUGCAAACAGCCAAUACAUUUUCCCUGCCCCUGUGCCAUGGCAAUGUCCUGGGCCAGUUCUUCUGUGAGGUGCCCCAGAUCCUCAAGCUCUCCUGCUCACACUCCACCAUCAGAAAUAUGUGGAUUUCAUUGGUUGCUGCCUCUUUAGCUUUAGGCUGUUUUGUGUUCAUUGUUUUCUCCUAUGUGCAGAUCUUCAGGGCUGUGCUGAGGAUCCCCUCUGAGCAGGGACGGCACAAAGCCUUUUCCACCUGCCUCCCUCACCUGGCCGUGGUCUCCCUCUUUGUCACCACUGGCACAUUUUCCUACCUGAAGCCCUCCUCCAUGUCCUCCCCAUCUCUGGAUCUCUCCCUGUCAGUUCUGUACUCGGUGGUGCCUCCAGCCCUGAAUCCCCUCAUCUACAGCCUGAGGAACCAGGAGCUCAAGGCUGCAGUGUGGACACUGAUGAAUAGACAGUUACAGAAACUUUAA